AUGGUUGGUCUCUACAUGCUGUUCAUCAUUGCUAGAAUCUCUGAUUCUCUUUUGUUUCUGUUUCCUGCUCCAACCAUGUUCAUCUAUAUGCAAGAUUUGAUGCGUUUCUUGCGAGAAGAUGAGGCUUUGAAGACCAUGAGUGUCAUGGACGGAUCAUCUGAAAGCGAAAGAAUCAGCAAAUCAACCUUGAAGAAUUGGGUGGUCAAUGCUUUUAGAGAACGAAGAGCGCUUGCCUUGACACUUAAUGAUACAAAAACAGCAGUCAACAAACUUCAUCAUAUGGUGAAUGUACUGGUUGGCAUCACUAUUGUGGUUAUCUGCCUUGUAAUACUAGAAAUUGCAACAAGCAAAUUUCUACUCUUUGUAAGCUCUCAGAUCGUCGUGGUGGCAUUUAUAUUUGGCAACACAUGCAAGACAAUAUUUGAAGCUCUCAUAUUCUUGUUUGUGAUGCACCCAUACGAUGUGGGUGAUCGGUGUGAAAUUGACGGAGUUCAGAUGAUUGUUGAAGAAAUGAAUAUCUUAACUACUGUCUUUCUGAGAUAUGACAACCAGAAGAUUAUAUUCCCAAACAGUACUCUUUCAACAAAACCCAUCAGUAAUUAUUAUCGUAGUCCAGAUAUGGGAGAUGCGGUUGAGUUCCAUGUACAUAUUGCAACUCCAGCCGAUAAGAUUGCCAUAAUGAAACAAAAAAUAACAAGUUAUAUUGAAAUCAAGAAGGACCAUUGGUAUGCAUCUCCAACAGUUGUGCUGAUGGAGCUGGAGGGGCUGAACAUGAUGAAGAUGGCAGUAUGGCUGAGACAUAGAAUGAACCACCAAAAUAUGGGGGAGAAGUGGCAAAGGAGAGCCCUUUUGGUUGAACAGAUGGUUACAAUUUUUAAAGAGCUUGACAUCGAAUACCGCUUGCAUCCCCUUGACAUCAACAUUCGCACCAUGCCUACGGCGAGUUCCGCUCGGCUUCCCUCUACCUGGGAAGCUUCUCCUUCAUGA